AUGGCAGACGCUACAAAUACAAAGCUUAAAUAUCAUCGUGGAACAUGUUUUGGAUGUCGGAAAUGUUUAUAUUGUGCAAAAGAUUUAUGCUAUUUUACUUGUAGCUGUAAAAAAUCAUUGGUUCCAAAUAAGAAAAAUAGAACUGCUGAGGUUAAAAAUGCGUAUACACACCUUUAUGAACCUACUUGGACGGCUGCAAA